AUGCAUACGUCUUCCAUUUCCUCUGCGGUGGGGGAUGAUGCGGAGCUCGCCGCGGAGGUGCACGAGUACCUUCAAAUGAUUGCAAACAUGCAGCGGGAGGCGGAGGAGCGGCGGUGUGAAAUUGAGACGUUGCGACGACGGGCCGCAGUCGCGAGAUGUGAAGAAGAAAAGUGGCAUCUUGAGAGAAAUGCGGCCGCAGCGCGACUGGCCCACACCACCGCGAAUGGACUGUUGCUGCAGGUGGAGUACCAGACACUCGCUCGCCAGCAGCAGGAGGCGGAGUUGACUGUAUUAAUGUUGAAAAAACAAAAGAUCCAAUGGGAUGCGAUUCUACCAUCUUGUAGUAAUUCUUCUCAUAUAGAGAAGAAUUCUUGCGAUUCUAAUUUGGAUAAUGUUAGUGAUGAUAACAACACGGGUUCUUUGAUGGAUAGUGCCUGUGUAAAGAUUCCUCAGACGUUAGCAUGGGCACUGAGUCUCUGGCGUCAGUUACCACAAUCGGAAGAGUGGCUGCAAGAGUUAAAUGCUGCUACUGCGGAACUCUUCGCACAACUGCAGGAAGACAUGAAAACUAAUGCCUCUUCUCCUACAGAGUGUUUGUUAGGGCUUUUACCAGAUCUGAAUGAUACGGAAAGGGCUUUGCUCUCACUUUUGACAUUUCCCUUCUCAAAUAAGAAGGAUACACAGAGUUAA